UGGAAAGCGCCGUAGUAAAUUGAGGAUCAAUCAAAGGCUAAGUGAAAGAGGAAUCUGGGGUUAACGGCAGAUGAUGAUUGAUGGGUAUUUCUGGAUAUCCACUGGCCACUCCGCUGAAAACUCCAGAAAAGGACUAUCUGAAAAACAUAAAGUAUGAAUCUUAUUCCUUCAGACGGCGUUUACCUACCGCUUCCUUCCAACCCUUCUUCUGAAUUUGAAAUAGCUAACUGUGAUAUGGACUCUGAGGAUCCCACUGCUGCUAGAAAACUUCAGAAGGCUGGCCGAGAAAAGCAACGGAGGUGUCGACUGAAUGAACAGUUCAUUGAGUUGGGAAACACACUUGAUGCUGAUAGGCCGAGGAAUGACAAAGCUACCAUACUAACUGAUACGAUUCAGAUGCUCACAGAUAUGACUGCUGAAGUCAACAAACUUCAAGCGGAAUAUGCGGCCUUAAGCGAAGAAGCUCGUGAGUUGACGCAAGAGAAGAAUGAUCUUAGGGAAGAGAAGGCAACCUUAAAGUCGGAUAUCGAUAGACUUAACGUGCAAUGUCAACAGAGAGUCGGGUCUACUUAUCCAUGGGUUGCUAUGGAUUCCGUUCUUCCACAUCCAUCCUCGUAUGCGUACCACAUGCCUAUUCCUGUUGCCUCAGCACCCUCUUAUGCCCCCAUGCCUAUGCAUAUUCCUAUGCAGCCGUACUCCUUUUUUGGCAGUGCUAAUCCUGGAAUGUUCGCCAACCCGUGUUCAACUUUUGUUCCGUACGUGGCCCCGAAUCCUCCAGCUGAGCAGCCAUCAACCCAGGAAGUUUCUCCUUCCAUCCAGCCGGGUAGUAGAACCCAAGUUUCAGCCAAACAAGGUGUUGGAACUUCAUCGGAUAGGCAAGAGAGACGAAGCAGUAAAAAAGAAGAUUCUGAUGAUGUCCCAACAAAUCUAGAGCUUAAAACUCCUGGUUCCACUACUGAUGAGGAUACGCAGACAAACCGUAAGAAAUCACUACAAGAGAAAAGCAUUGCGGAAGAAGGUAGUUCAAGAAGUAGAUGUUCAUCUCAUAGUGUACAGGAUAGCUCCUCAAGUAGCAUAGUUGGUGGUGGCAAGAAUAUUAAUUGACGGGAACGGUGAUUUUUCAAGCUCGUGCGAUCAUUGUAAAUUUUGGCCAGGAUUUUGCCUGGAGCAGAUAUGUAAUUUUGAUCUAAUUAUGUUAGAAAAAUCAGUAUUUCAAUGUUUAUUGUGACAGGUCGUCCCUUCCUUGAAUACAUCAUGUUAUUGCUUAUAUCACUCCGUUCGCUUCACACCAAUUAUUCAAUUUGAUUUCUACACUAUCCAAUGCAUUGAUUUAAUCUUAAAUAUACAUAAUUAUUGUCAGUGGUUACAAUUGUUAUUGAUGGGGAAGGAGGAAUUGAGGAAUUACUUUCCUAAUGGGAUGGAGGAGAAAGAUUUUUUUCAUUCAAAAUAAUUGAUAAUUUUCCAUUUUAUUCACCAUUGUCGUACUAUUUAAGUAUCAUUUUUCCUUCAUGUCACCAUUCAAAUUAACCCCUAGGUACCUUAAUUUUCAAAGUUUUACUUUU